UAAGACGGAGGAGGAAAUGAGCGAGGCCAUUCCGCGGGGACUCUUAACAGAACCGGGAGGAAGCGCUUCAGCCAUGGCUCAGGCAGACAUCGCUCUCAUCGGCUUGGCCGUCAUGGGCCAGAACCUGAUCUUGAACAUGAACGAUCAUGGUUUUGUGGUGUGUGCCUUCAACCGCACUGUGUCCAAGGUGCGCGACUUCCUGCAGAACGAGGCCAAGGGCACGAAGGUGAUCGGUGCCGAGUCCCUGGAGGACAUGGUGUCCAAGCUGAAGAAGCCUCGCCGCAUCGUACUCCUGGUGAAGGCCGGCCAGGCUGUGGAUGACUUCAUCGACAAGCUGGUUCCUCUUCUUUCACCUGGCGACAUCAUCAUCGAUGGUGGCAAUUCCGAGUACAGAGAUACGACCCGACGCUGUAAGAGCUUGAAGGAGAAGAACCUGCUGUUCGUGGGCAGUGGGGUGAGCGGCGGAGAGGACGGGGCUCGCUACGGUCCCUCCCUGAUGCCCGGGGGACAAAAGGAGGCAUGGCCACACAUCAAGGAGAUCUUCCAGAGCAUCGCUGCCAAGGUGGGGACAGGAGAGCCCUGCUGUGACUGGGUGGGAGACGAGGGAGCGGGCCACUUUGUGAAGAUGGUCCACAACGGCAUCGAAUAUGGCGACAUGCAGCUCAUUUGCGAGGCCUACCACCUGAUGAAGGACGUGCUCUGCAUGGACCAUGACCAGAUGGCCCAGGCCUUCAGUGACUGGAACAAGACGGAGUUGGACUCCUUCCUGAUCGAGAUCACAGCCAACAUCCUGAAGUACCGCGAUACGGACGGCGCCCACCUGCUGCCCAAGAUCAGGGAUAGUGCGGGGCAGAAGGGCACCGGCAAGUGGACGGCUAUCUCCGCCCUGGAGUACGGCACGCCGGUCACCUUGAUAGGGGAGGCCGUCUUUGCCAGGUGCCUGUCCUCACUGAAGGAUGAACGUGUGGAGGCCAGCAAGACGCUGGGGGGUCCGCAUGGGGUCCAGUUCAAGGGUGACAAGGCUUCCUUCCUGGAGGACAUCAGAAAGGCCCUCUACGCCUCCAAGAUCAUCUCGUACACCCAGGGCUUCAUGCUUCUCCGACAGGCCGCCAAAGAGUUCGGCUGGACCCUCAACUAUGGGGCCAUCGCUCUCAUGUGGAGAGGAGGCUGCAUCAUCCGCAGUGUGUUCCUGGGGAAGAUCAAGGAGGCCUUUGACCGGGAUGGUGAGCUGCAGAGUCUGCUGCUCGACAGCUUCUUCAGCACCGCCGUGCAGGACUGCCAGGACUCGUGGCGUCGGGUUAUGAGCACUGGAGUUCAGCACGGGAUCCCCAUGCCCUGCUUCAGCACGGCCCUCUCCUUCUACGACGGUUACAGACACGCCAUGCUGCCUGCCAACCUGCUCCAGGCUCAGAGAGACUACUUCGGCGCCCACACCUACGAGCUGCUUUCCAAGCCCGGCCACUUCAUCCACACCAACUGGACGGGCCACGGCGGGAGUGUGUCCUCGUCCUCCUACAACGCUUAGGGAGCAUGGGAAUGGGGGGGGGGGGGGACAAGUCACACAUUCCUUCACUGAAACCAAACGCAAACAGUGCACCUGGGAAGUGGUGGUGGUAGCUGUUUUAAAGUGUUCCCUUUGGAACACGUAGGGACCGUUACGGUAGGGCAGACUGUGUGUGUGUGUGUGUGUGUGUGUGUGUGUGUGUGUGUGUUGCUGAUCUGUUAGGUACACUCUAGAAACGCAAGAUCUGUCGCUCAGCUUCUCCUCUUGUCCAGUCUGCCAUCGUCCACUAGAGUUUACUGUGGAUUAGGGUUCAACGCUGUACUCUUAGGUCACUAAAUAAAGAUGAAAAUCCCUUUUUAAUGAGCUUUUCCUCUC